AUGGCCAGCUCCAUUCCGGCACGGCCAGUCAAGGCCAUGGAAAUGCAAAUGCCCGUGGAGCGCCGGCACGAGCCUGGCAAGCCCUUGUGGUGCAAUUGCGACAGCUGCGGUAUUGUUUGCCUUUGCAUAGCGUAUGGGCUGCUCACGGGCUCGAACGUUGUGGUGCUCAGACUUGGGCGCUGGCCCUUUGGCGACGCUUACCACACUGCCUUUACUCUAGGCUACGAAGCACUUUUCGUCCUCAGCAUUUGGUCUCACCUAGCUUGCAUGCUCACAGAUCCUGGCGCUUGCCCGCGCGAUGUGGAGUAUGCGGAAGGUGAGAGACACUGCACCAAGUGCAGGGCUCCGAAGCCUGCUCGGGCUCACCACUGUAGCACCUGCCAGCGCUGCAUAAUGAAGAUGGAUCACCACUGUCCCUGGGUGAAUAACUGCGUCGGGGCCAGAAAUCAGAAACACUUCCUGCAGUUUCUUUUCUAUACUGCUAUGCAGUGUGUGCUUGCUGGCUUUGCCCUGGGUGCUCACUUUGCAGACUCAGCGGUAUCGCUUCCUCGCAGACCUCGCAGACCCCAGGCUUUCCUUGGGAAGGAGGACACUGCUGAAAUGGUGGCCUGGCGCGAAGAGUUGAAGAAAUACUCGGAGCACCAGGUUCGGAAUGAAGCAGAUCUGCUAUGCUGCGUGAUGGUCUUUUUCGUGGCCAUCAUCUUUGGACUUUUCACCUGCAUCAUGUUCUGUGACCAGGCCAUUGAGAACAGCGAUCCGGAAACCCUCAAGAGCCUGAUGGAGAAGUACAAGGAAAACAACUUGACCAUCAAAGACGUCUAUGGACAGGACGUUGUUGAUGCGCUCUUCAAGAAUGAGGGUGACGUGAUCAGCGACCAGAUUGCCGUGAUCCAGGAUUUUCGCAAUGCCUCCUUGGCUGACAGCACCCUGAAUGCAGCUUUGGAGGAGCUUGAGGAGGUUCUCCACCAGGUGGAUCAUGCCGGCAAUCUGAAUCGCAUGGGCGGCAUGCAGCCGCUGCUGGACUUGGCCCUGGGCACUGAGCGAAGUGAGGCCACACGGAGCCUGGCACUUUUGGCCCUGGGCGCUGCAGUGAACAACAACGCGCCCGUUCAAAAGGAGCUGUAUGAUUUGCAAGGCCUGGAGCGCUUGGCGGCAGAGCUCCAAAAGUGCGACGGUAGCUCAGUUGGGGGUCCCUACUGCGCAAAGCUCCUCUUCUGCCUCUCCGGGCUUCUGCAGAACGCCGCAGUUCUGCAGGCCCAGGCAGAUCAGCUGGGGGUCACCGACUGGAUGAUGGAUGUUGGCGUCAAGCACCCAGCGCCGGCAGUGGUGAAGAAGGCAUUGGGCUACCUGGACACUGUUCUGGCUCAGAGCCCCCAGUUGCCCUUCCUCGACCGAUUGCCGGGAAAGCGAGAUGUCGUGACAGCCUCCCUGCUGGGACUGGUCAAGGAUCCAGACGUUGACCUCUCAGAGAAGGCGCUGGAAGUCUUGGGCCGCUUUGCGGAGCUGCGACCAAAGCUGCUGCUGGGCUCCAGAGAGGAGAUCAUCGCAGCAGCUCGCCAAGCCCAGCACAGCUGCGAGCUGCAGGGCAUUGACAAAGACGUGUGCAGCGGUCUGCUCCACUCUGCUGCAGAGGUGGACCGCAAACUUGCUGGGUGGUCCGGCUCCGAUGUGGAACUCUGA